CCGUACAUACAGACAAGAAAAGCGGGGGAAGAGGUUACACAUACUUUCCACGCCUCUGCUUGCGUUUCUGUAGAAAACUACCUCAGCGACGCCUCCAUAUACUGACUGCAUAGCUGCCCGUGGGAGUGAACAGUACUGUCUUUCGAAGUGGAGAUCUUUGGCAAGACCAGGCGCGGGUCGGAGAAAAAUGUGUUGCGAUUACAGUGGGUUUACAGAAAUAUAAUAAAAAUUCUAAUGUUUUGUUACAAUGCCUUGGCAAUAUCGGUGCAUUUGGGCAGGGUUAUUUACUGUCGUUUGGCGAAAUAAUUAUUGAGAGAAAGUGUUCAGUAUUAUUGCAAAAGAAAAGUGUUGAAAGACAUAUGUAUAGCUGUGUGAGAGCUGUAUAAAUUUGUUCGUGUAUUUUGAUACGAUUAGUAUCGCAAACGGAGUGGGCGAUGUGUGAUGGAUUAUUCAUUGCAGAGACAAACGUACAAGUCAUGGCUUUCCACAGACCUUUCUUAGCGUCAACUGCAAUGUACCAUCGCAGUUGCAAAGGUUAACAGUACGUUGCAAACAGAACUUAAAAUGACAUAACGUUGCAGUGGAUGGUCACAUUGCCUUUGCUGCGAAACAUAACUGUUAGCAUGGAAUUUUGAUACAGUGAGGCAAAUUGUUGAUAUUAAAUUAAUAUGAGGGUUUCCUGCGGACUCGAUGACAGAUUUCUGUACCUGACUUCCAAGGUUCGUUUGUGUGAGAGAGAGGUACUUAACAAAAAAUAGUGCACGAGACACCCUUUCCUACUUUGUUUGCUAGGCAAGCUGCACAGUAAAAAUGGAAAAAGUUUGGGUGAACACUGACCUAAAAUUUUCCAUCAUGUUUUGUGGAAGCAUUUUUAGAGAUUUGUAAUGCAUCAGAAUAAAUCUCAGCUGUCAUCUGUUUCCUGUACUUCAAAGGAAUAUGCAGCUGUUAUGUGCAGAUACGUUCUUUUAUAAUAAAUUGUUUCUACUUUUGGUUCACAGCAAGUAAAUAGUGUGUUCGCCCAUCUGAACAGACAGUACAUAUACAGUGUGUGAUGGUAAAUGUUAGACUUCCACAGACCUGUGUGUUCUGUAACAUAUUUUAUAACCUGUUGGAUGAUUGUAAACAAAUAAGUGAUGAUCACAUACAUAUAGCCUACUUAAUGCAUAAUAUACUGCUUUUGAGACUUUGUGGUGGCAUAACUUGUGAUGUGUUUACUCAUUGAAAUAUUGAGUUAAUUUGGAAAAUGAACUUAAAGCACAUUGGAAGUUCAUGUAGUUACAAUUUACAAUAACCAGUCUGUAACAGUGUCAGUGCUCAGGCAGUUCUGUUUGUAAUUCAGGCUUAUCCAUCUGUAACUUUUUCUCCUCUUCUAUGCUCUGUUUACCCCUCCCCUGCCCCCGUCAAGCUUUGUUCAAUUUAUGUAUUCAUUCCUGUAGUUCUGUAGCCAAGUGAAGGCCUUGCUCCAUCGGAUUUUAAUGUGUAUAUUACAACUUGAGCAUUUUCUUUAAUUUCUUAAUUACCUUUUCCUCUCUUUUUAAGAAGGGUUGUGAACUGCGUGGUCUUACAAAAACUAAUAUGGGAUGAUAUUCUGUGCUUUUGUUUUACUCAAUUUUACUUCCCUACUGCUACUUUCAGAUAUCACAGUGUACGCUUGGAUUUAUUCCAUUUUGGGAGCUACUUUUAUAUGGUUUAUAGCUAUAGUUUACAUACUGGAUAAUGUUAUAUGUACAAAAAUGCCAGAUUUGACGAAAAUUAGCCCACAAGCCUGGAAAGAGGAUAUAGUUUAAUGAAGCUCACAAUCUGUCUGUGAGGUAGUGCAUUAAAAGCUUAGUCAGUGCGAUAGUUGAAAUUGAAAAGUCGAAUGUUCUGCGGAAGUGGAUAUAUACUAGUUCUUUAUUGUGGUGUGGUAGCAUAUUAAGUAAAUUAUUACUAUUUCAUGAUCUUUGUUGCCAUGAGCUCUUGAAGAAAAGGAGGUUCCUUCUUCUGUUUGCGUCUUGCAGUUGAUGACACCUUAAUGAAACAAGUACCAGCUAAUAUCCCAGUAGGGUCUUCUAAUGAUUGCAGCAUAUAUUGAGACAUUAGUCAAUCCCAGAAUUUUGUUUUAAUGAUUAUCUUGUUGUGGCAUGAAAUACUCUUGACCUACAAGGGUUAUAUAAAACAAUAAGAACUGCCUGGUAUGAAAACUUCAAUUUCCAGAAUUUAUUGUAUUUAACAGAAGCAUACUUACAUUGUUUUAUUCUCCUCUUGGUAGAUAUUUAGAGCUUAAUCCAUGUUAGUCUGCAUUCAUGAUAGCACCAAUUAAGAUUGAACGUUAUAUUAACCUUACAAAUAUGACCCUGGUGAGAUAUGAAGUAAAAGAGAAAAAAAAAAUUGUCAGUACCCAUUCAGUCUGUGUACUCACUACAGCCCUUUCAAAUGUGCUUCAGGGCACAUUGAACUCUGUCAAGUGUCAAGAGUGUAUACAGAACCCAUUGGAAAAUCCUCUCUCUCAAGCACAAUAGUGGAACAUCGUUGAGGAUAUUGCUUCUUGUAGAAUCACUACUGUGGAAAAAAAACUGCUGAACUUAAGUUAUCCUAGAGGACAGUAUAACAGAUUGCCACAAGUACUGGUAGCUUGAAAUUUGGGUGACUGCAAAUGAAUUUGGUGCAUGGGCACAAAAGCUGGAGUACCAACCAAUGGAAACAUCUAAUACGACCCCGGGGAAACAGCCCAAGUUUCUUCUUACAUCUGUAGAGGCACCUAUAGUAAAGAUUACUCAGAUAUUUUGUUAAACAAUUUAGGUGCACCUGUACAUUCCAUGACACAAACACAAUUUGUAUCAGAGGAAUGCAGCUUCCAAGUUAAUUGUACCAACUGUGUCACCAGAAAUGGUCGGUACUGAUUUUGGAGAGCGUGGUGAUCAAAUUACACAUAUCUAACCCUUGUAAUUAGCACCUGGGACUAUUAUUAAUUCUUUGUAGCUGCUUUGGAAAAGCAGUUUAAGGACAUCAUAUCUUCCAGCACCUUCUGUUUCUAACCGCCUUUAUGUCGAAGGGAAAUGAAGCCCAAAUCUUUUACACCUUUCGAAAAAUCUUCAAAAACUUGGAAUAGUGUUUGUAGUGAGUAACAAUAUAAUUUCUGAAUACUGGGCAGUGAAAUUGUAUUAGAGAGUAUGUGUCCUAUUGUCUUAUUCCAAGGCUUAAAGGAAUAAUUAAUUUUAUAACUUCAGGGAGGGGGGAAUAAAAAUUGUAAACAGAGAACUUGUCUUCACUACAGUAGACAGGUUACAGUGCAGUAGUUACACAGAUGACGGGACUUCCAGUAUGUAUACUAGCAUAAUGAGCUGCACUGAACUAGUCUUUGAGUUGAAGGUGACAUCAUCAAUGGUAUUCAGGAUUUGUAGGCUAUGUACUGACUUUUAGAGGGUUUAGGCUGUUCGUAGCUGACCUUUUGUAUAUUAGAUUGAUGCUCAUAUAAUUUUUCUGAAUCUUAGUUAUAUAGUGAACAAUUAAUUGUAAGUAGAUGGCUUCUGUUUGUGAUGCCGUCACACUUCUGCUGCCACCUGGUCUGAUAAAAUUCAUGAAAUUUACUGGUUGUAAGUCUGACUUAAGCCAUACACAGAGGAUCGGACUAGAGUAAGGCAGCCCCGCACAUUGCCUGCUGUUGUAGGACUGACUCUGCUUACCUGUUCUCUCUCAACCGAUGAAGUACGCUAGCGAAGAUGGGUGGCACAGUUCCCGGCCGCAGUCUAGCCCAACACUUCUGCAUCAGCCGUCAAGUCAGCACUGUGGGGCAGGGGCAUGGGUCAGCAGAGCUAGAGUGGGAGGGGAGAUUGGGAGGGCAGUAGUCACGACACCCAGUCUGGCCACUGUCGAAAUGACGAGACUGGAAUCGGAGCGCACCGAAAUUCUCGAGGGCGGUGAGGGUAUGGUGAAAGCAGAGAAGCCAGCUGGCCCUGACGACGAUGACCUCACUUCCCUCACGUGGCUGCAAGACAAGAACCUCCUCAAGGGAAUGAACCUGCGUACGGCGAGCAAUGCCGGGGCGCAGGGCUCCCCGACGAGCGACUACGUGGACGAGGGCAGCUGCUGCUCGACCGGAGAGCCCCCUGCCAGCGACUCGAGCGGCUGCUCCUCCAGUGGGCGCUCGCCUGCCAGUCCCGGCUCCGCCAUUGCCGUAGCUGCCACCGCCACUGCCACGGGCACCACCCCCGGCACCACGCCCGUAACGGGUGCAGCCGCUGUCGCUGUGAUGGCUGCCCGCGGCAAGCAUCCGCAGCAUGUCCCCUAUGACCCUCUGGUUCACGUUAAUUCCAAGCCCCCUUAUUCCUUUUCCUGCCUCAUCUUCAUGGCAAUAGAGGACUCUCCGGGCCACGCGCUACCGGUGAAGGAGAUCUAUGCUUGGAUACUGGAUCACUUCCCGUACUUCAAGAAUGCACCCACUGGAUGGAAGAAUAGUGUGCGGCACAAUCUCUCUCUCAACAAGUGCUUCCGGAAGGUCGAGAAGGCCCCAAAUUUGGGUAAAGGUUCCCUGUGGAUGGUUGACCCGAUGUACCGACCGAACCUCGUGCAGGCACUUGCGAAGUCGCCCUUCCAUCCGUACAGCACCAUUGUCAGCAGAACUGCUUCUGUGAAUAGCAGUCCGGGCUCCGGUUCGCUGCCGAGCACCCCCGCGAAGGCACCGCCGUCCCCCGGCCGCGCGGCUCGUCAGCAGUCUCCCCCGGCCACUGCCGCAAGUAGCAGUGGGAAUGGCAGCGGCUGCGGCAGCAACAGCAGCAGCGUCAGCACUGGCAGCGCCAACAGCAACAGCAACAGCAACAACAACAACAGCAGCACUGGCACCAACAGCAACAGCAGCACCACCAGCAAUACCAGCACCAGCGUCAGCCCGGCCAGUGCCAACAACAGCAACAACAGCAACAACAACAACAACAACAACAACAAUAGCAACAACAACGUUCCCGACCCGACGCUUUUCCCGUUUCUCAGUCGUCGACUUGCACUGAGCACCACCCCGCAGUCGGGAUCACCCCCGCCGUCGCAACCCUCCGCCCAAGUGAGCCGCGACGACAGCCUCGACGAUGUGGAUGCUGCGGCGGCGAUGCUAGCUCUGAAGCACGCGCACCUCCGUAUACCGCGCAGAGAUGACUGGUACAAAAGGCUGCGUGAAGAAACCUCUGAAGCUGUAGGACUUCGCAAGAAAAUGAGAGUGUCGUCUAGACCUGGCCAGACGGAAGAGCGAAUGGUGAUCACGACAUCGCCGAGUGAGGACCACACGUACAGUGCCGCCCUCAACCUAUCGGCCCGCUCCUCUGGAACUGUCGCCGUGUCGACUACGCCUGCGGGCCCUCACGGGCCCCACGCCCCGCCUUCCACGACUUCCUCGCCGGACGAGGCUUUCGAGGAAGGUUCUGACUCUGAUGACGGAACUGACGGAAAAAACACUCGACUGGGUCGCGGAGCGACUGUCGACACCGUACCGUCGGUGACGUCUGCGCACCGCAUCCUCUACAACCAUCAGGAUCGAGGGGACACCUCGGACGAGGAGCGGCGCAAGAUUGCGGAAGGUGCUGAUGCCCUCCUCAACUUGGCCGGAAUUCGCACUGAUGGAGGAGCACUCUCCCCUCCCACCUCACUCGUGGCACCGAGCCCUGCUCCACUGCCACUGCAGAACCCAGCUCCAGCACCACAGACGACUCAGCCUCCGCCUUCUUCAGUGUAUUCUGGCCCGAGGAGCAGGCGCCGCAAGAAACCGCCUCCGCCAUCAUCACGGGCCAUUGCGACCCAGAAGUACCAGCACCACCGUUCCUCGUCGGGACACGGGAGUGGUUCGCACGGAGAGAAGAGGGGUAGUGGCUCCUCCACCAGUUCGCGGAGGUAGGGCCACUCGCACCGUGGCUAUAGUGCGGUAGUGGCCACUCAGAGUGGCAUGUCGGCUCCCUGGGCGUUUUGAGAAAGUUCGCGUAUAGCUAGUUGGAACCACCUGGGUCGUACACGGACCGAGGGAGAAAAAUGUGAGUCCACUUUUUUUGUGGUUGUGUGGGGGCUUGACCGGUCUUUCUAAUUUUGUUUUAAUACAUGCCUUCUCGUAAUCUGCCAUCUCUUCUUUCUCAGAAAAAUACUGCUUAUUGGCUUGUGUUACGCUGCACACAACUUUAGCAGAAUAAAGCAAUUCAUAACACCUGGACUUAAUGGGAUUUGCUCAUUCAGUUAACUCUUAACCAAAGAAUUUGGUUGCCCUGUUUAAAAUUUGGCUUUCCUUAAGUCAUCGAAGGUCUUCCUUACCUCUGUUCUUGUGUGAUGCAUUUAUCUCAUGCAUUCAAAACAGUAAUGCGAUUCCCAUUCAAUUAAUAUAUGAGGAAUAUAAUGGCUUUCAGUUAGUGGAUUGAUACAAGGUUUCCUAGUAUCACAAAACAAAAUAAUUUUGUCUGAAUUGUUUUCAGAACAUACUUCCAAUUGGUUUAAUAACUUUGUUGUACACAUGCAUGUGCAGUUAGAUAUAUCCAUUUUACUCUUUCGUGCCGCUAGGAAAGCUUCUGUUGCCUUUUGGUUAGCUCCAGAAUUUUUUUUUUUAAGGUAAACUUUAGGAAUACUGUCAAUAAUCUUCCAAGGAAAAUGAUGUUAAUAAAGUUCUGAGGAGUUUUCUUGAAAAGAGAUUCACUGGCAGUCCUGUUUUGCCAGCAAUUACAAAAUUGUGGAAUUAUCUGUGUUGUAUUUUCCUUCUGUAGUUUAUGUUAUUAACACGUUCCUGUAGCAUUACAAAAUUGUAAUCCUGGAAAAUUUAUCUUUGUGGAAAUUUUGAAAAAGAUCAGAGUUCUACUGAAUUACAGUCAGAGUAAUGUUUAUAUGGGAAAGAAAGAGUAAACACAUUUCAUGAAUGAUGACAAAUGCUCCAUCAAUUAAUGAAAUAUAGGAUCUUAUACUCCUAUUGUAAUUGUAUUUCAGUGAAUUGUUUGCCAAAAAACAUUGCUUUUUGUCUUGCAUUGCAUGGCAGUUGUCCAUUUGUGCUUGGAAAAUUUUGUGAAGAGGGAUGAAGGCUGUUGGACAGAAUUUGAGAUAGUCUACAAAUGCCCCAUGCUUUUUGUGGUAUAAUUUGUUAGUCUGUGAACUUUCUCAAAAAGCUCUUGAGUUCCCUCUCCUCUCCCCUAAACUGUGAAUGAUUUGGGGCAUUGUUUGGAAAAGAUAAGAACUAAAUCUUGAAUCCAACACUAAAGCUGUACACCAUAGAGAUCUGUACAGUGCACGUAAACUUCUGGGAUAAACAGUGUUUAACUAAAGUGGGACCACAAAAAAUUGAACCCAGCAUGUGAUAAAAUUGUAAAACUACAAAUUCAUUCACGCUUGUUUAUUUAUAAAAGUUGAUGGCAGUGUUGUUACUCUGAAGCAGUGUACUUUAUGUAAUACCACUUUAUGGAAGACCUGUUGAAUCCUUUUAGCAAUAAUGAAUUAAUUGCAUGAAGCCUUUUCCAAACUUAUUUCUUUUGUUAAAAUGACAAGGAAAAUGAAAUAAUCUGUAAUAAUAAUUUUUUUUAGUACAUGUCUGAAUUUUAACAUUGUACAUUUUUAAAAUUUUAAUGAAAGCAAUUUUUUUGGGCUGCUCCUCACAGCUGUACAUUCUGUUAUUUUCCCAUCCACGCAAAUAUGUCGCAGUGACAUUGUUUGCAGUUGAUGUUCUCAACUGUGUUAAGAUGAGCAAAGUUUUUCUAGUAUUUUCUCAAGCCAUUAUGUUCCAGCAAUGUGGAUGUUAUUUAUUCUUUCCAGCACAAUGGAUGGGAAUUUUGCAGUUGUUUUACACAACUGAAAAUGUGACAAAAAUCAGACUUUUCGUGCAGAGCAAUAUUUUAAUGAAAACUUGUAUCUCUUUAUGGAAAACUUAGUAUGAUUAUUUAUGGAAGUGAAGAACUUACGUUUCUUACUAUUGUAAUUAUAUUAUUAUUACAAUUAUUAUGUUAUCAUUACUACUAUAUCAGUGUUGUUUAGCAGGGUGGCUUACCAACAUUUUGGAGGAUUUUUCCUCCUGUUAAUGAUUUAGUUUGUAUUAAGACUCGAUGAACUCGAGUUAAUAUAUUUUAUCAACAGAAUGGAAGUGACACUAGAUAUUUGUUACUUUUGGAACGUAGACUUCCAGCUAAAUGUUGGGAUCAGAAAUUAUAGAAUCAGUUUAUUGGAUGCAGCAGUUUUAUAGCCUUAUUUGUUCCAUGCUGGUAGGUAAUUGUGCUGUUGCACCUGGUGUUGAAAUUUUACAUUUCACUCAGUUUUAAACACUUUUUUCCCUAUUGCAUAUGAAGAUUAAGUUUAAAGAUCUGGGUUGUGGUUAUCUACAGAAUGUUGCUAAUAUAUUUUAAGAUAUUAUAGACACCAACUGCUAUUCUUAAAGUCUUCAUUGAAUUGGUCAUUCUGUUUAAUUGUGGUGACAUUAUUAUUAUUAUUAUUAUUAUUAUUAUUAUUAUUAUCAUCACUAUUAUUAUUGUUGUUAUUAUUAUAUUAUUGUUAUUAUUAUUUGUGCUUAAUUUAAUGCUUUUCCUUAUUCAACAGCAUCACUUUAGACAUCAUCAGUAUACUGUUUUAUAUUUUUUUAAGCUGCACAGCACUAGUUUCUGUCUGUCAUCGAAAAGUGUAAGUAGUCUUCUUACUUGCUCCAAAUUUGUAUUUGUUUGAUAUAUUUUCCUUUUUUAUACUAAGAAGAAGUUUUACCAACAUUCAUUGACAGAAAACUUUCUCUGAAAUAAUUUAAUCUGUACAAAUCUGUUUCUAAUUAUGGGAAAAACAGAUAUGCAGUAGCAACGAAUGGACACUUUUGCAUAUAGAUUUCUGUAUCAUUACUGAGGGAAGGCUGGCCUAAGAAAUUCAGCCCUGAUACAUGUUAUAGAUGUUGAUGAGCACCUCUGAGUAUUCAUAAUUAACCCCUUUUUUACUACAUAACUUACUUUGUGCUGGAGUAUUUGCUGCCUGAAAAAAAAGAGACACCAGCUGCAAACAUUAAAUGUAGUGUCCUAAUCUGCUUUUGGUUUUGGUUCUUCAAAGACACCAGUGUGAGUCAUUGUAUUCCCCCCCCCCCCCCCUCCCCCCCCUCCCUCUCUCAUUUAGAGCAAAGUCGAAAGUUUGUGCACUCUUCAUGGAAAUAGAAAAUGAAAGUCAAAAAUUUACAUGCCCCUUCAGAUUUAGUUACAAUAUGGUGCAGUUUUAAACCUGUGGUGUCAAUGGAACAUCGGUUAAGGCUUAAGGCUUUGACAUUUGCAGCGUAUUGAUUAGUACAAGAAGUCUGUACUGAAGUACAUCAGAUCAGUGCAUAUACAGAUUUACUACGCGUUACAGCAUUUUUGGCUGUGUGCAAAAAUUACAGACAUGAGAGACAUAUUUUGCCUGCAGUAGCAUUUAAUGGCAAUUCAAAACAGAUAAAAACACUUAUAAAGGAUAAACACUGGUUAGUAGGGUAGUGGAGUCCAGAAAUAGUUAAUGAUUUCAGACUGGCAAAAAUUUUGAAAACUGCUGAAUAUAGGUGACAGCUUUGAUUCUAUAUGUUUCAGUGCAUCUAUUUCUUGUUUAUUUUAGAGGUAACAUUUUACAGUUCAAACUAUCUGCAAGCCAUCAUGUGUUACUUAGAGGUGUUCAGUAACUAAAGUGAUGAUAAUGGAAAAAUUCAGUGAAAGGAGAGAUAUUAGAUAUUUUAAUAUCUCACCUGGGUAACAGUUUUGCUCGUGUGAAGGUUGUUCGUUACAGUCACUAUUAUCUUUUCUAAACUGUCAGUUUAAUACACUUUGGUUUAUGCAAGAUACACAAGGAUAUUGUCCUGGGUGCUGAAUACUUGUAUGUUAAAAAAAAUGUCUUCUCCUGUCUGCUUUGUGUUUGCCUAAAUUACCUUGCUGUCAGCACUACAGAUUAUAGCCAAGGAGAGAAGGGAAAUGGAAUGAAUGACUCAAGCAAGCAGUUCUAAGUUACUUGUAAUUGUUACUUUUAAUGUUGUGAACAAAGCCAAAGAAUCACUCUGGGACUGCAGAUGUGCUUAGAGGUGCUUGUUUGGGACAGUGUUCUAACCAAAAAGAAGAAAGAGAGAGAUUUAAGCACAAGACACAAUUUCUGGUGUUAUUGAGUUAAGUUAGAGUCCUUAUCAAAUAUAUGUCGUGGUUGUGACUGCAAAUUUCUCAGGUUGCUUAUUUUUGGUACAUGCCAAUGCCAGAAAACUGUGAAUUCUCUCCUUAGCAGUACCUUAUCUGCUCAAAGAAUUCCCACUAUUGGCCUUCAUAAAACUUUUAGUGAUCACUGCAGCUGUGGUUGUGACGAUUUAUCGUCAGUCAAGUCAUGGGGGUAGAUAUUAUGAUGCUGACAUUAAACAGUGCUGACACAAAAUAGAAAUUUAGUAGCUUCGUGUAAGUUUGAAGGGGUUAUUUUAACCAGUCUCACAGUUGAAAUUGCUAUUUAUUUUGGCUAUAUUACAAUGAAGACUCAAAGCAGUUCCCAAUACAUAAAAAAACUUUGAUAAAGGAGAACAGCUUUCUGGAGGCAAAUUUGUGUUGGUGAAAUCUGCAUUGAACAGCACUAAAACUUCAUAUGAUUGACAACUAUACAUGAUAUUAUUGCCUUUAUCAAUAAAACUCUUUGAUCUCCUUAAACUCUUCACUUACACAGAAAAAUAUUUGACAUAUAGGAUAAAGGUUUUAACAAGAAUAAAGUGUGGAGCCAGAGCAUACAAACCCUCUACCAUUCCGGACACCAUCCCCAUUGUUGACUGCCAGCUCAUUUUGAGCACUGUGGUAAAUUCUCUUCUACCUUACCAUUAAACCAUGAGCCUUGUUUGUUUGUGUAAUUGAAAAUAGCUAGCAGGGACAAAGAUUGUACCAAGAAAGUUUCUGUUGCAAUACCCUUCCAUCUUUUCAACCAAAGUUUGAGAAGUCAUCACAUGUUGAAAAAUUUGGCGUAUGUAGUGAAGUUCAGAACCUAUUUCAUUAAUAAUUUAUUGUUCUAUAGCAUUCAGGCUCUCGGUUCACUUUGUGUAUACAGCAUGAAAGUAAUAUCUAUCUUCACUUGGCUCCUAUUAAACAAAGGUUUCUUUUUUGUACUUGAAAAGCAGCACUUUUCUAUAAAGAGAAUACAUCAUGAUAUUCAUCCAACUCUGUUUCCUCCUCCUACCUCACCAUAUCAUUCUCUUUUUGCAAAACAAUUUGCAUUUGACAUGUUCCAUUACUUUCUUUAUUUCCGCUUCAUACUUUAAUACCAGAUGCACCACAGCCCACUAUUGCUGACAUUAUCAUUUCAUUUCAUCUUUGUAAAAGAAUAUUAAUUACUAGAAAGUAACUUCAGAAUUGUAUGCACUUAGUUUGAUUACUUCUCCACGUAAAAUUAAAAGUGAGUAAUGUUCAAAAUAUAAGCAUAAUAUAUUUAGACAUUCUUCAGUAGCUCACUCGUGAAACAGUAUUAGCAUAUAUUCCCGAAUAUGGCUCCCACAGUGUACAGAACUAUAUUUAAUUUCAAAUACAACUGAACAAGAGACCAAAAUAUUUAAUUGAUGGAGAAGCAUUAAGUAAGACAUCUCCUCGGUUUAUAAUGAAGCCUCUCUGAAGUUACAAGCUUUGUACAGAUAUGUUGCAAGUAACAGUGUCCCAUUUGUAUAUAUAUUAACAGACAGUUAUGUGCGUCAGCACACAAUGUCGUUCUUUUUCAAAAUACUCUGUAAUUGUAACUGUAACGAUUACAAUAUAAGCAAACAACUUAUAGGACAUUUUUUUCUGCAAUGAGAGUAUUACCCAAUAUACCAACAAUAUACCUGUAUAAAUAUAUGAAAAAUAUAUAUGAUACAUAUACAUAUAUAUAUAUAUAUAUAAAUAUAUAUAUAUUAGUUAUAACAGAAUACUAAGAGAAAUGAAAACUAUACUUAUGGUACAAUUAUAUAUUGAAUCAACAAACAUGUAUAUUUUUUCAAAAUGUACUAUUCUCAGUGAUAUGCAAGCUCUUCCUGUAACAAUCAUGUGUAAUUCUGAAGUAUGAUAACUCAUCUCCUUGUCAUCGUCAAUCUGUCUGCCGUCACUGAGUAGGUGCAUGAAUCUUCCACAUAGGUCCCAUUUUUGUAGCCGCUCCAAAGCUAUAUAUUUUUUUUUUAAAAAAAUACUGUGACAUGCUGCCUCAUUUUCAUUUCCUGCUGUGUUGUCACUAAUGCUAAUGUGAAUAACUGAGGCCAGAACACAGGGGAAAACACAAAAGACUGUAGUCAUGUAGUACCAUCAAUUUUUUGAGUAUGGGUUAGUAAAGUAAUAGCAGUCUGUACUGGGAGCACCACUUUACUUGAAUAAGAUCUAUGAAGUGACAAAGGCACAUUGUAAUGAAUAAGAUGGUCACUUGUUGCCAGUAGUAAUAAUUAGAAUUCAGCUUGCAUUAUAUUGUCAUGUUUAUUUAGAAAAGGAGUUUCUUUAUCUGAAUUAUUAUUUAGAAGGUGCUGUACCAUAGAAAUAGACUUGAAGUUAUCGCACAUACCAGUAUCGUGGACCCAGUGUGUAUGUGUGUGUGUGUGUGUGUGUGUGUGUGUGUGUGUGUGUGUGUGUGU